ACCACCAGGAAAACUAGCCGUUACAAAGAGCGUCCAAAACCUUUAACGCUCUUUUUUCUUCAUCUAUUCCUCAUUCAUUGUUCUUUCAUUGAUCAAUCAAAGAAACCCAAUUCUCUCCCAGCCUCUGAGAUUUCUGCACUAUCUCAUCCUAAACCCCUCAAUUUUCUCAUAAAACAAACAGAAUAACUUUUUUUUUAAUUUACUUUUAUCUGUUGAUUCAUUUGUGUUUUCGGGCGUUUCUUUUUUCCCAUGGAUUUGAGCACCAAGACUUCAAUAUCAGUUACACCGAUGAAAGAUCCUCUUGCAUUUCAAUCCAAAGUUCAUGGAAUCUCCAAAAUCUCUGAGAAUUCAAAUCCCAACAAUUCCUAUUCAAGCCCUGGGGCAAAACCCACAAAUUCCCCAAUGAUCAAAUCUGCAAAAUCCCAAAAAUCAGCAUCAAAGAAUCCAAUCAUCAAUCACAAUGCAGUCCCUUACUUCCCUAGAAACAAGAUCAGGGAAAGGAAGUUUGUGGUGGCAAAGAAGAACUCCAAGAAGGAGAAAGUGAAUUCAACUUCAACCGUGGACUGCAAGUGCAAAGAGAGAUUUGGAGGUAAUGUAAACAAGUGUUUGUGUGUGGCCUAUGAGACUUUAAGAGCUUCACAGGAGGAGUUUUUUAAGAAACGAGAUAGCACCGGAGAGAAAGAUGAACUGGACAAAGAAAAGGUCAGUGAUUAUAAAGCUGAAAGUGAAGAAGAGGAUGAGAUAGAAAAGGGAUUUAUGGCUCAAAAGGAUGAGGCUGAAGGUGGGUAUGGUUCAGAUAAUCAAAGUUUGGGUGAGAGUGAGCAAUCAGGUCAAGUGGGCAUUUCUACAAUUAAAAGGAGGAGAGACAGGCUGCUUGAACAAGCAAGAAACAGUAUACCUGAAUCUGGGAUAGUGAUGCAUCUGGUUAAGGCUUUUGAGCAGCUACGAACGAUACCAGAUCCCAAGGAAUCUGAUAAGAAGGAAGACGAGAAGAUUAAGGAGGAGAAAAAGAAGGCAAUGCUAUGGGUGCUGCCUGGAUUGCAGAAUCCUAAAGUGCCUGAUAUUCAGACUAAUUCUUCAUUUUCAUUGCCUGAAUUCCAGCAUUCUAAGAUGCCCAAAUCGCAGGACUCUCCUUCUUCGUUAUGCCCAUCAGAUUUGUUUCUGACUUCUGAGAAUCUGGGUUUGGAUCCAAGGCUUUCUGUUUCCUCAUCAUGGGACAGCAGUAAAUGCAGUAUUUCUAGCAGGACUUCUAAUGGAGGUCGGAGAAGCAGAAGAAAUAGCUCUGAGUCAUGUGGAACAAUGGGAGGGAGCAGAUGGAAGAAGAAGCAACUGAAAACCACAUGUCAAAAGCCAUUUAAGCUAAGGACAGAGCAAAGAGGAAGAAAGAAGGAGGAGGAAUUCAUGAAAAAGUUACAGGAAAUGAUGGCUGAGGAGGAGAAGCAGCGGAUUCCUGUUGCACAAGGUCUUCCUUGGACAACAGAUGAACCAGAGUGUCUAAUCAAACCUCUAGUAAGAGAGAACACCAGGCCCAUUGACCUUAAGCUACAUAGUGAUAUUCGGGCAGUGGAGCGAGCUGAGUUUGACCAGCAGGUAGCUGAGAAGUUAAGCCUUAUUGAGCAAUACAAGAUGGAAAGAGAAAGGCAGCAAAAGAUGGCAGAAGAGGAAGAAAUAAGCAGAUUGAGGAAGGAGCUUGUUCCAAAAGCACAACCUAUGCCCUAUUUCGACCGGCCCUUCAUUCCCAGAAGGUCAAUGAAGCAUCCAACUGUGCCUAAAGAGCCAAAGUUUCACAUACCGCAACAUAAGAAGAUUAAAUGCUGUUUAUCAUGGAACGACCUCAGCACCUUUACUUACCAACAGUGAAGCAACAAAAGGCCAAGAUAUAAGAAUAGAAGCAUUUCAGACAUCAUCAUUCCUUGUCAGGAUUCUUUUCUUAUAUCUUCUGUACAUGAAGCAAACAAUUUAGUUGCAAUUCAAACCUUUGGUUUGUUUAUAGUGAAAUAUGAAAAAUCCUAGGGGGAUUUGAAUGAAUUUCUCUUCAUUUUGCUUGUCCCAGCUUCCACUGUCGAACUAUAAAUGCAGUGGUUGUGUUGUUCUUUGCUGGGUAUGGGAUAGCUCAUAGACAACUUAUCA